CAGAUUUUUCUGGAAUCUUCAACAUUAUGAAGAGCACUCUCAAAAUCGUUCUGUUUUUGCUAAGAAUGUGUGGAGUGUUCUAUGCUGAAACAGAUGACGUGAAGUCAGUGUCAGUGAUGGAGGGAGAUUCUGUCACUCUAAACCCUGAUCUUACUCAAAUGCAGGGAAUUGUCCUGCUACUGUGGAGGUUUGGAGAUAAAGGUUCCACCAUUGCUCAAAUUGAUGGAAAUGAAAUCUCAUAUGAAGAUGAUGCGAUAUUAAGAGGCAGACUGCAGCUGGAUCAGACUGGAUCGCUCACCAUCAAGAACACCAGGACCAAUCACUCUGGACUUUAUAAAGCAGAAAUCAGCCACAGCAUUGCAACCUCAUAUAUUAAGUUCAGAGUUAGUGUCUAUGAGUCUCUAUCUGUUAUUGAUGCUGGUGAGGCUGAAAUGAAGCUCAUGUCAGUGACGGAGGGAGAUCCUGUCGCUCUUCAUGUUCCUCAACUAUACGGAGAUGAGCUGAUAGUGUGGAGGUUUGGAGAGGAAGGAAAACUCCUAGCUAAACAUGAUAUAGAGGCCAAGAGCUCACCAUUAUAUGAUGAAACUGAUGAGAGAUUCAGAGACAGAUUCAAACUGGAUCAUCAGAGUGGAUCUCUGAUCAUCACAAACACCAGAACCACAGACUCUGGACUUUAUACAGUGAAGAUCAGCAGCAACAAACAGACUUUAUACAAGAGAUUCACUGUUACUGUCAGUGUUCCAGGUCUGUCUCCAGCUGCUGUAGCAGGGAUUGUUGUUGUUCUGCUGCUAAUAGCUACAGCGGCAGCAGCUGCUGGUGUUUUAUUUUAUUGGUGCAGGACCUCUGAGUUAAAAAAUCAAAAGACAAAGAUCUCUGAACGACAAAAUGAAACAUUGGAGAUCUCUGAAAAGCUGAAGCAAAUGUCCGAGAUCUCUGAACAGCUAAAGCAAAUGACUGAGGACUGUGAAAAAGAAUUACCUGAGAUAUCUGAACACCAUCAAACAUUGAAGAUCUCUGAACGACUAAAGCAAAUAUCUGAGAUCUCUGAACAACUGAAGCAAAUGUCGGAGGACUGUGAAAAAGAAUUGCGCAAGAUCUCUGAACGACUAAAGCAAAUGUGUAAGUAUUGCAGCUGA